UUUCAGAUUUUUUUUCCUAGAAGGGUUCAGAAUGGGGAAAAGCAUUAUAACAUUUUAUUGGCUUCUUCUUACCCUGGGGUCCGUCACAGCUCAGGCAGUGAGGGCAGAGCGGGCCCUGCCACAGUGGCUUGUGGGAAUCAUCGCAGUCUCUGGUUUCCUCUUCCUUAUUUUCGUUGCCUUCCUUGUUAACAAGGCUUGGUGUGAGAAGCCAAAAGGGCAGAGGGAAGAAGACACCGUCAUUCCCAACAAUUACGCUACCGCUAAUGGAUCAGCCUAUGAGACUAGCCUGAAUAUGGACAAGGGCAACGAUCAACUGAGUGCAUAUGAAAACGUGGACAUUCACACCGCCGAUGACAAAGUAACCGCCAUGUGAUUAAGCGGCCUCGGACAACGCUCAGCAACGCGCGUGCACACACACACACACACACACACACACACAAAAGCUACUAUUACCAAUAGAUCGACUUGGACUAUCGACAAUCACUGCAUAACUCAUUAAAAAUUCAGAAUUACCAGAGAAGAAAGUAAUCAAUUUGUUCUGAAAAAAGGUAAAUAUGUACGUUUGUGUUCACCACGUAGUGUCCUCAACUUUCAAAUGUAUGUAAAGAAAUGAAAUGUAGAAUAAUCUUUGUAAGAGCCAG